AUGUCAUAUUCUGAUGAAAGCAUUGGAUUUUCUGAAGGCAGUGAUGCUUCAGCCUCCUGGAUUAGUUGUGCCAUAUCUGUAUCAAGUGAGGAAAGUAAUAAAAGUGAUACUGAUCUGCCAGGACCUUUGACAAGAAAGGUCAGAUCCAGACCAAGCAGUAGUCUAGGCACAGAAGGUGUUUCGAGUACCUCUAAAGGACCAGAGAGGGGAAGAAAACGAAGUGGUGCUGUCAAAGAGGGGCGUGUCCCCACAGCAAACUUGAGUUGGGAGUUUUAUGACAAAGACGAUCCAUACGAAGUUGAAUGGAUACCUGACUUCAAUCAGCAGCCUGGGCCAUUGAUAGACACCACAGGCUUUACUGAAGAAGAACUUUUCAGUAUUUUUUUCCCCCUUGCUGCAUUCGAACUCAUGGUUGAACAAACAAACAAAUACGCCAGCACCCAUCUCCACAAGAACAAGUUUUAUGAAAAGCGUUGGAAAGACGUUACUGUUGAAGAAAUGAAAGCUUUUGUAGGUUUGCAAGUUGCUAUGGGCCUAUACCCUAGACCAGCUUUACUGGAUCACUGGGCAAGCUUUUGGCUCGACGAGACGAAAUUUGGACUCGUUAUGAGUCGUCACAGGUAUCAGAUGAUUCAAACCUGUUUACAUUUUUUGGAUAAUGCUGCCUGGAUUCCAAGGGGACAAGAUGGCUUUGAUCCUUUAGCUAAGAUUCAGCCAUUGCUUGAUAUCACAGGCCCUACCUAUCCACUGGCUUACUAUCCCCACAGACAACUUGCUGUUAAUGAAUCAGUGGCAAGAUUCAAAGGACGAAUUCACACACGGCAGUACAUUAUGUCAGACAAACUUACCAAACAUGGCAUCAGAAUUUUCAGUUUAUGUGAUGCAGUGAACAGGUACAUGUUGAAAUUUAUGGUGUCCUCAAGCGAGGAACGCUUUCAAGUUGAGGGUGACAACUUUGCCUGUUUUAUGGUGAAAGAGCUCGUCAAAGACUACAUCGACAAAGGUCAUGUACUCUACACUGAUCAUUUUUUUACCUACCCCUCGCUUGUACAGUGGCUGAAAGGGAACAGCACUGGUGCAGUGGGCACAGUGCUUGAGAGCAGACCUGAUUUUCCUCCUUAUCACAAGGGAAUUAAUCUAGCUUUGAAGAAAGGAGACAGUCCUGUGUUCUCUCGGAGUGGUGAGAUAGUGUGCGUGACCUGGCAUGACGCAAAGAGGUGCAGUCUGAUGAGCACCAUCCACACUGACAAUACAGUGGACAAACUGGUCCGGAAACGUGGAGCUCCAGGAGGCUUUAGGACAGUAGAAAAGCCAGUUAUCGCGGAGGAUUACAAUGGUUUCAUGGGAGGGGUCGACUAUUUCGACCAAGUGACCAAAAACUGUGAAUACCCUCACAGAAACUGUAAGUGGUACCACGCUUUAUAUCAUUUUGUUAAAGAAGUGGCAAUGGUGAAUGCUUUUGCUCUGUAUAAAGCAAAACAGAGCAAAGAAACAUUUGCUAAAGAUUUCAGAAAUGCUCUGAUCGAUCAGCUAGUCUCUCCCCACAUGAAGAACUAUCAGAGAGCAAGGCAAGCUAGACCAAACCCUGCAGCCCCAAGAUUGUCGGCUGCUGAGUCUCUGCAUUUUCCCAGGAAAUACACUGAUCCAAAACAUAGACCUAGGUGCAGAGUGUGUGCUCCUGCAAACAUUAGAGCUCAAACACGGCACUACUGUCCUUCGUGUGAUGUGGCACUAUGUAUUGACAACUGUUUCGAACUUUACCACACGAAAUCGGAUUAUGUCACUGCUCGUCGGGCUUUGGCCCAGUAA